GUUUAAAAUGAAGUCUAUUUUAAAAUUAAGUACCAAGUCGCUGAUAUUAGAAAUUACAAACUGAGGAUUAUAGUGCGGGUUUUGUGGAGGUUGCGCUACAUGAUGCCCUACUCUGAGUCUGAGGCCAUUAAGAAGUUACAGGAUCUAGAUAACUCUCAGAUUUCUGUGGAAAGUACAUCUCAGUGGUUUCUGGGUAAUAAAGAAAUGGCGAAGGAUUUAGUUAAGUUGUGGUUUAAGGAAUUUCGGAAAGCUGCCCCCAAGAAAAAGAUCGCCUUUCUACAUCUUGCAAAUGACAUUAUUCAGAGAGGAAUGAUGGAAGCUCCUCAGUUUAGGAAGUUAUUUGAGCCAGUUUUACCAACUGCAUUCAAAGAAACAUCGAAGGUCCAACGUCAUUCAGUACGUUCAUCUGUCGCACAUCUUCUAAUUGUAUGGGCGACUCGUCGGGUAUAUUCUAAAAGUUUUCUAAGACAGCUACGCUUCAUUUGCCAACGAGCAGUUGCCGAGGCUGACACUCCAAAUGCUAGUGAAGAGAUCAAACGCAACAUUAUUGCUGCUUCCCCAUUCGCUUUCUCAUUCACGGCAGUUUUAUUGAAUCCAACAGUAGCAGGGAAUAAGGAGGCUUCAGUUAACGCUCUUCAAACACCGAAAUUGAUGAAUAACAAGGAUAAUCAUAAACGACAUCAUUCUUCAACACAAAAUAUCUUGAUGGCGCCUGUGUCCUUUGAUCCUGAAAAUUAUGAAAGCAAUAAUUUGUCAAUUAAUUCAAUUUCAGCGUUUCGAAAAGAAUUAGAUCUAGAAUUACAAACUGAAGCUACCCAACCUCCAAAGACUGAUGAGCUUAUUCAGCUUCUAGAGUCUCUUCAAUCCGCUGCCUCGGCUGACGCUGCUACACGUCGUGAAAUAGCUCAGUUUCCACCAGAGGUUUCAGAUCCAAAUAAAGCGAUGGAAAUCAUGAAAUCUUCAUCUGAGCAAGCUCAACAAGAAUUGAUUGAACGUAUUGGUCAAUGUUCUUCUCGACUAGACGACUAUAAUCAGUUGUUAGAAGAAGAGACAAAUAAAAGAAAUCAAUUAGCCUUACAACUUCGUGCCUUCCAUAGUCAUUUAAAAGAAAGAAUUACACAAGCUAAAACAGAAGUCGAUGAUUUAAAAGCUAAAUUGGAUCAUGGAGAGGCGUUAAGAGAUGAAUUAAAUAAGCAUAUCUUAAAUCUGCCUGAUUUACACCUGCUGCCCGAUGUGACAGAUCUCGGCUUAGAUCCGCUACCUACAGUUGGUGAUUUGUUUGGAUAAAUUAACAAUGAUAUUGUAUAUAUUGUGUAUAUAUAUAUAUUUUAAUGCAUUUUAUUUUUCUUCCUCAUUUUGCUACUCUCUUCACUUAUUACCUUUUUUUCUCUGCUUGAAUAUAUAUCAAAAAUAAUUGUGUAAUGUGUUCAUUUUGUAAAUAAACUGUAUAUUUUUUAAAAGUACUACACUUGUUUUUUCUCGUCAUUUAUUUAUUUAACUUUGGUUGUGUGUAUAUGUUUGGUUUAGUAACAACGCAGUCAUUAUUAUUAUGAAAAAGAGUACCAGUAUACUAUCAUUAUUAUUAUGUUAUUAUUCCCUUAAGUUCC